GCGGGGCGGGUGCAGGGAUGGAGGGCGGCGAAGCGGGCGGCGGUGGUGGGGGGCUCCUGCAGCAAAUCCUCAGCCUUCGCCUCGUGCCCCGCAUGGGCAAUGGCACCACCACCUACUCCAGCCCGCUCUCCACCUUUCCAGAGAUGUGGUACGGCGUCUUCCUGUGGGCAAUCGUCUCCUCCCUUGCCUUCCACGUCCCGGCCGCGUUGCUUGCGCUCUUCACGCUCCGGCACCACAAGUACGGCAGGUUCAUGUCCGUGAGCGUCCUGUUGAUGGGCUUCGUGGGACCCAUCACCGCCGGCACCCUCACAAGUGCUGCCAUUGCUGGAGUUUACAGAGCUGCAGGGAAAAAAAUGAUUCCCUUUGAGGCCCUCAUUUUUGGCGUGGGCCAGACUUUCUGUGUGGUGGUGGUUUCGUUCCUGCGCAUUCUGGCCACUCUGUAGCUCCUCUGGAGAGGCUGGAGAACACAAACCAAAGGAGGAGCCAAGGACCUGCUGCCUCAGAACAAAUCACAGGGAGCACACUCCAGCCUUGUGCUUCUUCCACUGAUUUAAGGAAUUGGGAGAGCUUGCUCCUGCCUCCAGCCUGGCUUGAAAUUUAAAAAUUGUGAAUUUUGUUACUUUUUGGUAACAUUAAGUGCCAAGUGAAAUUUAUUUAUCUGGAGGGUAGGAAAAUGGCUACCAGAGGAGGAGACCUGUGUACCUUUCACCAGUGAUGAAUUGUAGUAACAGGACAUGACUAAAAUGUGACACCAGCUGUGCUGGGGUAGGAACAGGACCAGGAUGAUGUCGUGUCCUCACCACUCACUCACUGCUUUGUUGCUUGGUUUUGAGUGAACCUGAAGCUCUUUUAAUGUCAAUUUUUUAAAUUAAAAAAUUAAUUUGUUUUCUUCCUGGCCCAAACUCCUUAAUACCAGGUCAUGGCCACAGUGGAUUUGGGAGCAGCAAAAGGAGAACUCGUUUUAGAUAGAUGAGAGUGCAAAUUUGUGUCUGGGACCUUUGGCUGUGAAUGCUGUGCAGGAGAAAUGACUGGUAUAAAAAUUUUAUUACAGCAAAGCCCUUCUGGCUCUGUGAAUGUUUUGUCCAGAGGCAGAGCACAGUAGAAUGGGCACUCCAGAAAUCCCAGGUACAUGUGGGCAUACACAGCUAAAUGACCCCGUUCUCCCUUGCUGAUGCUGUUCAUGUUGGUGUGGUGGAGCUGGGUGUCUGCACUGAUCUGGAAGUGGCACUGGCCAGCUUGGAUAAAAUCCCUCAUGCUGCUGCUGCUGCUGAGAGCUGCAUGGCCAUGGAUUGUGACCUGGGGUGUCCCCAGUGUGGGGACUGUGCCACAUUUUCAGCCAACAGCGUGCUGGGGGUUAGGAGAGCUGCAAGGCUCCUGGCAGGAGCCUGGGUGUUCCUGUGUCCAUGUGAACACGGCCCCAAAUCAGCCCUAUCCACAUGCAGUACUGUCUCCUCAUGAAUUGUUUUAAUUAGUUUUGGUUUUAAGUGACUAAUCGGUAGCUCUGCACUUGUGCCCUGACUUGUGCCACAUGGCUGGGGCACUUGAGCAGCUAACUGGGUGCUUCCUGGGGCUUGGUUCUUUGGGAAGCUGAGGUUGAAUUCUAGGGAUGUGGCUGGGCAGUGUAGCCAGCCCCAGGGGUUUGCUGUCUGUGUCCAGCCUUUCAGGGGAGAGUUCCCAUCUGUGUCUUCACUGAAUUCCCCUGGUUUCCAAAUCAGUUCCUUUUGCAUCUGCAGCAUUUUCUAGGGCCAUUUAUCUACAAUGAGUCUGUGUCCUCAGUGCUGGAAUGACUGGACAUGGCACUUAGUGUCAUGGUCUGGAUGACAAGGUGGUGACCAGUCAAAGGUUGGACUUGAUCUCAGAGGGCGUUUCUAAACUGAAUUGAUUCUGUGAUCCUUCAACAGGGCAUCGUGUUUAUCAUGGAAAUGGGUUUCUCUAUGCACUGACUUCUUGGGAGUGGUCUGUUGACAGUGAGAGGUGUUUUGCAGCAGCUACUUACUGAAAUUACUCUAAAUUUUAGCCUAUGUUAAUUCAGGGAAUAGAGAUGUGCAGUUUAGGAAAUAAUUUAAUGUGAAUCCUUCUCCUUAGGUGGGUGAGGUCCAAGUGGUGUCACGUAUACUAAACCCUGGAUCUGUGGAGAGCCCUGUGUGCUGUGCUGCUUCUAGAGAUCCAGUCUUCCUGCCAGGGCAGAAACAAUGAAAAAGAAAGAAUAAGCUUGCUUUCUUUUCCCCCUUUCCACUUUGUAUUUCAGUAUGUGUACAGACAGCACAGUUUAAUUUACAGGAAUUAUCCUGUGUUUUCCUGGAUGGAUUAAAAGAAUCUCAUGGAAUUUGGAUGGGGUGGGUCUGGCUUUACCUUUCAGGUGAUACCAGAAACCAGUGUCCUGAGCACCUACUGUGCUCUCCUUUACCCUGCCCCGGUGCCUGGCACUACUCAAUAGCCAUUAAGCUGAUUGCAACUGAGAAAGCACUUUAUCCCUGUGCCCCAUGCUACAGCAAGAGGAGGUUUCCUUGCAGGAACCGGGCUGAGGGGUGUAGGACACAAAUGGGGCUGUUACAGAGCUCAGAACAAGUGAAAAAUUGCUCAGUAAAGUCACUCAGUGCUGGGUGAACUGAAAACUUUCAGUUUCUACUCCUUGGGAUUUCUGAGAGUCUGUUUUGGGGGGGUUCUGGUUUACUUGAAGAGCUGGCAGCUUGAUCCUGUUUGGAGUGUUUGGAGCUGGCACUGUUCUCUAUGCCUGGAUGCUGUGAAAUUUUCAGGGAAUUCUUGCAUAAAAGGUGAACAAUCAGCUGAUUUGUCUUGACAUGCUAGCACAGGAGGCAAGUUCUUCAUGUCACCUUGGUGCUCACAGAGCAUCCUCCAGUCUGCUAGCUGCAGCUGGCAACCCCCCUCUCCAGAUAAACCAGAGCUAAACAGAAAGGAGGAGUAGCCUUGAGUUGAAGCACCAGAUGGCAGUUCAAGUACUGGUGGCACUUUCCUCCCCUCACUGGUUUGGCCUUCCCUUUCCAUUCCAUUAUUCCAAGUGAGACAGGUGGAGGAAUCCCUUCAGUUUUCAUCAGGUAGUAGUAGAUUUUGCUCAGUCAAACUUGCCAAAAACUGCAAAGAGCUGGUGAAGACAUCAAUACUGAGGUGUCCUGAGCUGGGCAAUGGUGUGAGCCUCUGCUGGGGAGCCCAGCCAGUGUGCUAGUUAAGGAAACACCUGGAGGAACUGCCUGCCCUGGAGGAACAGCCACUUAUGCUGGGGCUUGUGGCCCUGGUCGCUGUGUGUGGCAUCCCCCUGCUCCCACCUGGCUUCCUCGCUCACAGCUGCAGCUGUCAUGAACAAAUCUUUAUAUGAUUGAAAAUUCUGUACAUUUUAUUUUUCUACUGACACUCCUAAUCCUGGUGGUGAUUAUCAGUAAAUUCUGUAAUUCUUGAAGUGAA